AUGCCGAGAGCAGGAACCAGUUCUGGUCUUCCUGUUUCAAAUAAACAUGCUGGAGCUGAGUCUCCUAGUCCUACUUCUCGAACCGUUCCAUCUACUACCAGCUCACAAUCAUCCUCUGAAAGACGUUCACAUUCCCGCUCUCGAGUUACAAACCACUCUUUUAUAGGUUCCGAUUUCGACUGUGUUGUAGCCAGUAACACACAUGACUCAGCUGUUUUUGUCGAGGCUGUUAAUGAAGAUGGGCUGGUUCCUCAUGAACCCAUCCCUCUCAUUGACCUCAACCUCCCUAUUCCACCAGUUCCUAUUCUCAACCGGGCGGAAACAGACGACUCCGGAGUGGAAUCAGAGACUUAG